GAUGUCUGCGGGCUGCCCUGUUUUGCCCCCUCCAGACCUCGUGUCGACCCUUGUCGCACCCCUGACGAGGAGGCCGGGCCUUGCGGUUGGCCUGCUGGCAGAGCGCCCGGGUGUAGCUUCUGCCGCCGGCGCCGCUCUGCUCGGCGCUCCCUUCCUCUCCCCUCCCCCGCGCGAGGUCGCCGGGCUGUGACCCCCGCCGCCUCUGACCGAGGUGCUUCCACACGCCUCGUCUCGUUCGAUCCGCCCCCAGCGCGGCCGACUUCUGCAGUCCCGUGGGGGGCUGGGGAAACGUUAUUCCGAGAUAGUGUUCACUUGUUUAGUGAGGGACACUCAGUCUCAUCCUGAGGGUUCCAGCGUCGGAGCGUGUGGAGCGCUCAGAGCUUCUCAAAGUGCAGAGUUCGCGUAUCCUUUCCGCAGAUACUCACGGAGCCCCUCCUGUGCCCUGGGGAUUCAGCAACAUACAAAGGACAAAAAUCCCACCAUUUAGGAAGCCUCCCUGCACGGGAUCUCAAGAUGGCUGGGCGAAAACUUGCUCUAAAAACCAUUGACUGGGUAGCUUUUGGGGAGAUCAUACCCCGAAACCAGAAGGCCAUUGCUAACUCCCUGAAAUCUUGGAAUGAGACACUUACCUCCAAGUUGGCUACUCUUCCUGAGAAACCCCCUGCUAUCGACUGGGCUUACUACAAGGCCAAUGUGGCGAAGGCUGGCUUGGUAGAUGACUUUGAGAAGAAGUUCAAUGCCCUGAAGAUUCCUGUGCCAGAGGAUAAAUACACUGUUCAGGUGGACGCUGAAGAAAAAGAAGAUGUGAAAAGUUGUGCUGAGUUUUUGUCUCUCUCAAAGGCCAGGAUUGUGGAAUACGAAAAACAGCUGGAGAAGCUAAGGAACAUAAUUCCGUUCGAUCAGAUGACCAUUGAGGACCUGAAUGAAGCCUUCCCAGAAACCAAAUUAGACAAGAAGAAGUAUCCCUAUUGGCCUCACAAGCCAAUCGAAAACUUAUAAACUUGAGGUGGGGAAAGAGCUCUGGCCCUCGUAUUAUAAACGCUGGACAUUAAAAAUAA